AUGAAGUACUCCACCGUUCUUCUCGCCGCCGCUGGCCUUGCCGCCGCCGCCCCCUCAAACGUCUCCCCCAAGUACGGCCGCCGCAACGGCGCCCACUCUCUUCCCAACCAGAGGAACACAAAGUACCCCCAGUACUCCUCCAACUGGGCCGGCGCCGUCCAGAUCGGCAAGGGCUUCACCAAGGUCACCGGCACGAUCACAGUCCCCCGUGCUUCGGGUGGCUCCAACGCUGCUGCCUCGGCAUGGGUAGGAAUUGACGGUGACACCUGCCAGAGUGCCAUUCUCCAGACUGGUGUCUCUUUCUACGGUGAUGGCAGCUUCGACGCUUGGUACGAGUGGAUUCCCGACUACUCCUACAGCUUCUCCGGCUUCUCCCUCAAGGUUGGCGACGAGAUCCGCAUGACUGUCGAUGCCUCGUCCAAGACCACCGGCGUUGCCACUCUUGAGAACCUGACCACCGGAAAGUCCGUCUCCCACACCUUCACCAACACGCCCUCGACCCUUUGCGAGACCAACGCCGAGUGGAUCGUCGAGGACUUUGAGGAGGGCAGCCAGCUCGUUCCCUUUGCCAACUUUGGCAAGGUCACCUUCUCCAACGCCACUGCCUCUGGCUCCUCUGGCACCAUCACGCCCAGCGGCUCGACCAUCAUUGAUAUCGAGAGCCAGUCGGGCAAGGUCCUGACUGACUGCUCUGCCAGCAGCAGCGGUGUUACCUGCAGUUACACCGGUUAA